AUGUUGAGUACAUCAUAAACUAGAAGUACCACUGAAACAAUUAGUCGAAUAAUUAUUAACGAAAAAUAUGUGAUAGUGAAGAAUAUUUACAAAGGACAACAAUACAACCUUUAUUUAGGUAAUAAAUGAUGAAGUUAAAAGAUAGUUAGCGAUUAAACACGAAUAGUCGGAUGAUAUUAAUUCAUCUAACCACUUAGAGAAAUAUUUUCUGAUUAAAAUGAAGAAGUAUAUUUCACUGUAAUAUUGUAGAUAAACAUAGUAGAAUGAGGCUAUUCCAGAACUUUAGUUUCUAAUUAGAUUAAAAGAUUGUAACGAAAUUAUUUCCUAAAUUAGUCAAUUGUGUUCCCUUCCUUAUCGAUCAUGGAGAAUAAGUGAUUAAAGGAUCAAAAUAUCAUUACCAAAUUAUGGAACGACAUGGUCCUUCUAUUAAACUUAUAUACAAUUAUUUAUCUAGAAAUAUACCAUUACCAAUUUUAUGUUUGAUAGCAAUUUAAGCAGUAUCAACUCUCUAUUUUAUUCUUAGUUAAAUUGUCUAGAAAUUAUUCAUAAACAUUAGAUUGUUCAUCGUAAUAUUAGACCAAAAAAAUUGUUACUUUCAACAACUGGUAAUGAAAUUUUGUUAAGUGAUUUCAAAUAUGCUUGCAAAUUUAAAAAAUAAUAUGGAUCAUUAAUGGUUAAUGAGAAUUACAAAUUAAAUUCAAACAAAUUAUUUCUCAAUAAAUACUCAAGUGUCAAUCAACAUCUUAAUUAAGGUAAUCAAUAAUAUUUAUUAUUUUUUAGGUCCUACACCAAAAGAUGAUUUAGAAUCUUUAGCUUAUAUUUUACUUAUGUAUGCCUCUAAUUCAAAUGUAUUUUAAAUUAAAGCAGAAAACAAACUACUUAAACUUAAAAAAUUAGAGAGUAUUAAAAUAUCAAUUAUUCCUGAAAUUGCUUUUAAAUAAGCUCCACUUGAAUUUAUUCAUUUCUUACAUCUUGUUAAAACUAGUAAUGCUAACGAUUAUCCAUAAGAUUAUGAAAAAUUUAAGCAAUUAUUUAGAAAAAUCAUUCAGACUAAUGGAUACACAGAAAAAGAACUCUCUUAUCCUUUAUUUCAUGUUAAUUUAUAAGAAAAACCUCAAUCAUCAUAAUUUCAAAGUCAGACAAGCAAAUUUAAAAAAAUGUAACAUCAAAAAAUGAGUUCAGAAUCAAUCAAAGAAGAAGAUGCAGAUGAUGAGAUGUCACCCUAUUAAACAGAGAAGGCUACCGAAGAUAGAACUAUUGAACCAUUAAUUAAAGGAUUAGCAACAAAAUAAUUUAAACUUAUUUCUUUUUUAAAUUAACCUUAAGUUGAAUAGUAGAUUAUUAAACUCAAAUUUACUAAAAAAUGA